AUGGCUUCUACCGAUAUUGCCACCAGGGAGCUCAAGAAUCCCAUAGACGUUGCCGAGUACUUAUUCCGACGUCUCCACGAGGUUGGAAUUCGUUCAUUGCAUGGUCUUCCCGGUGACUACAACCUGGCAGCAUUGGAUUACCUUCCCAAAUGUGAUCUUCGCUGGGUUGGAAACUGCAACGAACUCAAUGCCGGAUAUGCCGCCGAUGGCUAUGCGCGUGUGAACGGUAUUGGUGCCCUUGUCACCACCUUCGGUGUUGGAGAACUGUCUGCCCUCAAUGCCAUCGCAGGUUCCUACUCCGAGUUCGUCCCAGUCAUUCAUAUUGUUGGCCAGCCCACCACCCGGUCUCAGAAGGAUGGAAUGUUGUUGCAUCAUACUCUCGGAAAUGGUGACUUCAAUGUCUUCACCAAGAUGAGCGCGGGAAUCUCAUGCUACGUUGCAAACCUGAUCAACCCCCAUGACGCAGCCACUCAGAUCGACAGUGCCAUUCGUGAAUGCUGGAUUCGCAGUCGUCCGGUGUACAUUACUCUGCCAACUGAUAUUGUCGCUGCUAAGGUCAACGGUGAUCGCCUGAAGACCCCGAUUGAUCUCUCACUGCCUCCGAACGAUCCGGAGAAGGAGGACUACGUGGUCGAUGUUGUCCUAAAGUAUCUUCAUGCCGCAAAGAACCCCAUCAUUUUGGUUGACGCCUGUGCUAUCCGUCACCGCGCACUAGAAGAAGUACGCGACUUGGUCGAGAAGUCUGGCUUGCCAACCUUUGUGACUCCGAUGGGCAAAGGAGCGGUGAACGAGAAUCACAAGAACUUCGGUGGUGUUUAUGCUGGCAACGGGUCUAACCCUGGAGUCAGUGAGGCGGUCGAGUCCUCCGACCUCAUUCUGAGCGUUGGAGCGAUCAAGUCCGAUUUCAAUACUACUGGCUUCACUUACCGCAUUGGACAGCUGAACACCAUUGACUUCCACAGCACUUUUGUGAGAGUGCGUUACUCGGAAUAUCCUAAUAUCAACAUGAAAGGUGUUCUGCGGAAGGUCGUUCAGCGGAUGAAUCCUCUGAACCCUGCCCCUGCCCCUCCCAUCACCAACAGACUGCCUGAAAGCGAGCAAAAUUCCACUGAUCAAACCAUCACCCACAACUGGCUCUGGUCCAUCGUCGGACAGUGGCUAAGGGAGAAGGACAUCGUCCUUACGGAGACUGGCACUGCCAACUUUGGUAUUUGGGACACUCGCUUCCCCGCAAACGUGACUGCCAUUAGCCAAGUUCUUUGGGGCAGCAUUGGUUACUCCAUGGGAGCCUGCCAGGGCGCUGCCCUGGCUGCCAAAGAGCAGAAAGACCGCCGAACCAUCCUCUUCAUUGGCGACGGAAGUAUCCAGCUUACUGUCCAGGAACUGAGCACUAUCCUGAAGAGCAAGUUGAAUCCUAUCGUGUUCGUCAUCUGCAACGAAGGCUACACCAUCGAGCGAUACAUUCACGGAUGGGACGCAGAAUACAACGACAUCCAGCCGUGGGAGUUUGUAAACAUCCCCAAAGUCUUCGGAGCCAAGGACAACUACCAAGGCUACCGUAUCAAGACCCGUGACGAACUCAACAAGCUGUUCGCCGACGAGAGCUUCAACGUGUCCGACAAGCUUCGACUGGUCGAGCUGUACAUGCCUCGCGAUGACGCCCCUGCGGCCCUGAAACUGACCGCUGAGGCUGCUGCACACCGCAAUAGUAGCGAUUAA